UCUCUCAAAGGCGCAUGCAUAGAUUUUGAUGAGACCUCUUCUUCUUUAGACCAACCCCUCCCCACCCUCUCCCAACUCCUUAAAUUCCUCGUCUUCCCCUCUUCUUCUCUCUUUGUCUCAUCUCCUGUCUUUCUCCUAAUGGCUUCUUCCACCGGGAGUUUGGAUACCUCAGCCAAUUCCCACCCGGCCUCUUUCUCCUUCUCCUCCCCGUUUGCUACCUCCUUCUCAGAGCUCCUCGCUCGAGGCGGUGAUGAUAACGCUGAUGACCGAUCGAGGGUGCCGGCGAGCCGGGGGCUCUUGGACCGUGCAGGCUCCGGCGGGGGAGGCAUACCCAAGUUCAAGUCUAUACCUCCUCCCUCGCUGCCUAUCUCCCCUCCUCCUAUCUCUCCUUCUUCCUACUUUGCCAUCCCGGCUGGUCUGAGCCCUGCUGAACUCCUGGACUCUCCAGUCCUCCUUUCCUCUUCUAACAUCUUGCCGUCUCCAACCACUGGGACUUUUCCUUCACAGGCUUUCAAUUGGAAGACCAUCUCGGCUCAUCCUCAACAGGGCAUCAAAGACGAAAACAGGGCCUACUCUGAUUUCUCUUUCCAACCCCACACAAAGCCCAUGAACUCCCAAUUCACAUCCUUCCUGUCUUCUUCUGCUGCAGUUUCUACGGAUGAGGCCUUCAAAGGACAUCAACAACUAUGGAGUCACCAUGAGACCAGCAACAAUAAUUCUGAACUAUCUUCACAGAAGAACAACAUCAAAGCUGAAAACAUGGCACCGAUCCGCACUAGUUCUUCAGAAAUUCCAACUCUGCAGGCUAAUUCCCAAGGCAACAACAACGGCGGGUACCAAUCCGAUUACAACAAUUCAAAUCAAGCCGCUCAGACCCUUCGAGAGCAAAGGAGGUCAGAUGAUGGCUACAACUGGAGAAAGUAUGGGCAGAAACAGGUGAAAGGAAGCGAGAAUCCGCGGAGCUACUACAAGUGCACCUACCCGAAUUGCUCGACAAAGAAGAAGGUGGAGAGAAACUUAGAGGGUCAGAUCACUGAGAUUGUGUACAAGGGCAGCCACAACCACCCAAAGCCUCAGUCCACUAGAAGGAAUUCAGCUUCUUCUCAGGCAAUUCAGGGUUCUGUCCCCUCUGAAUCAUAUGAUCAUUCGUUCGGGGGCCAAGCAGGCACCCCAAUCGAUUCGGUUGCGACGCCUGACAAUUCCUCAGUAUCCUUUGGUGAUGAUGACAACAAUAUGAGCUCGCAGAGGAGCAAUUCUAGGGGAGAUGACUUUGAUGAAGACGAGCCUGAUGCCAAGCGUUGGAAGAAAGAAGGUGAGAAUGAGGGGAUAUCAGCUUCAGGAAAUAAGACGGUGAGGGAACCAAGGGUGGUGGUUCAGACCACAAGCGAUAUCGAUAUCCUCGAUGAUGGAUAUCGGUGGAGAAAAUAUGGACAGAAGGUGGUGAAGGGGAAUCCAAAUCCAAGGAGCUACUACAAAUGCACUACUGUGGGUUGCCCUGUGAGGAAGCAUGUCGAGAGGGCAUCGCAUGAUCUGAGGGCGGUGAUCACGACGUAUGAGGGCAAGCACAACCAUGAUGUUCCUGCAGCUCGGGGAAGCGGGGGGCACGCAGUUAGCAGGCCUUCAACAGACAACAACAACAACUACAACAUCAGCAUGGCAAUAAGGCCUUCAGCCAUACCCAACCAUGCAAACCACAUCACUGCUAACUCUCUCCUGGGGGGACGUCUUAAUGCAUCAGAAAGCCAGUCUCCAUUGACGCUCGAGAUGCUGCAGAGCGCGGGGAGCUACGGUUACUCUGGAUAUGAGAAUUCGAUAAAUUCCUUCGUGAAUCAGCAGCAACAGCAGAGACACAUGGAGAUUAUGUUCCCUAAAACUAAAGAAGAACCAAGAGAGGACGUGUUUCUCGAGUCAUUGCUAUGUUGAAAAUGGUUGGGGGGGACUCGGAAGGAUCAGAGUAAGUUUUGGUGAUCAUAAUUAUGUUGUAUAUUUCACAGGGUUUUGGUGUAGAUUCAAGGUGAUAUAGAGAAGACUUAGUGUGAUUUGUUCAUUUGUUUGAGGCCCUUCUGUUCUCCUGACCAGGCCUCUGAUGCUCCUAUAUCACUAUGUUGUAAAACACAAGGAGAACACAGGUUAUUUCAAUAUGUUAUGUGGGUCUAUUCUAUUUACAUUGCCCCCUGAAGGAAAUCUAAGGCGGUAUUGAGUGCACAAGAACCCCACCAUUUGAAUAAAGAUGGACCGAAGAAAGUA